AUGCCAUUUCAUCAAGCAGGAGCAGCAGAAAUUCUUAGAUCUGCAAAAGAUGAGAGCUUCCUCAGUCAUUUGAAGUCAAGUAUUGCUGAGAUAGUGCAAAGAUCUUUGGGGACGAGAACAUGGUUAAACAUUCACCAAUAUUCAGAUGCUGUAUGUGAACUGGCAUAUUACAGUCUCACCACAUUAAGCUUGCGCCAAACUUUGGGGGAGGAGUAUACUGGCAUUAUUCAAGUGGACCGCAAUAGAAGACGAUUACCUUCUAAGUUUGAACAGACUGUUAUGGUAAUACUUCAAUGUUUUGGACCAAGAAUUCUACAAAUAGGGCUGAAAAAAUUUGAAAACUCAGUUAGAGUAGGCUGCUUUUCAACCUAUUUACGCCCAGAACUGAAAACAUUCAUUCUACAGCAAAUUCCAACAUUGCAGUAUUCCCUCACAUUGGUGCACAGAAUUCACUUGGCAAUAUUUUAUUUUAGCAGUGGAUUUUAUCAUAUUUCCAAAAGGAUGACUGGAAUAAAAUAUGUUCUGAUUCGUGAAUGGCUAGGAGAUAAUGCAGCAAGUCAGUCUUUUAGGAUGCUUGGCUUAGUGCUCUUUUUACAUAUCAUGCUGACUCUAUCAUAUGCUGCCUACACAAACUUUUUUGUAAAACCAAAGAGUGAUGAUAAAAAGACUGUAUCAAGUAAGUUGUGAAUGCUUUCAUGUUCU